UCUAACCUAUUAUUCCGUCCUGACAGAACAAAUUUGUCAGAUGCUGUCACACGUUUUGCCGGAGCCGUGUUUUCUCGCACUGUGUGAUUUACUAGUUUAUAUAAAGAAUAAAGAAUUAGAUAUGUGAUAUCGCGAGAUUGUCGAUCGAGAAAAUAUAAUUAAUCAUUGACGAAAUACUCGUUGUGAAACAUCAAUUGGAUUAAAUGUAGGACGUAGUUUUACUUCAUUAAAGAAAUAUCUGACGAGCUUUUUCUGAUUUUAGUGAUAUUUAAGUAAACGCGCACGCGCAUAUAUCCUGAGAUUGCCUAUUGAAUUCUAAAGUGACACAAUGCCUGGCAAAAUAAAAGUGAAAAUAUUGGCAGGUCGUAAUCUGCCUGUCAUGGAUCGUUCUGGUGAUACAACAGAUGCGUAUGUGGAACUAAAGUUUGGCAAUACAACUUAUAAAACAGAUGUAUGCAGAAAAUCUCUGAAUCCUCAGUGGAAUUCUGAGUGGUACAAAUUUGAAGUUGAUGAUGCAGAGCUGCAAGAUGAACCUUUGCAAAUCAGACUAAUGGAUCACGAUACGUAUUCAGCAAAUGAUGCGAUAGGCAAAGUUUACAUAAACCUAAAUCCAUUAUUACUACCUGGUAUACUACCUCCAGUAAAAAAUAUUUGGACUCUGGAAGCAGCUAUGAAUACUAGUGCUGGUUCACAAGGAUCAGUUAUGACUGGAUGGAUACCUGUAUAUGACACAAUGCAUGGCAUACGUGGUGAAGUGAAUAUUAUUGUCAAAGUGGAGUUGUUCUCUGACUUCAACAAAUUUAGACAGUCAUCCUGUGGAAUACAAUUUUUUUAUUCACCAAAUAUACCGUACGGGUAUCAUGCCCAGAUGAUACAUGGAUUUGUGGAGGAGCUUGUAGUCAGUGACGAUCCAGAAUAUCAAUGGAUCGAUAAAAUAAGAACUCCCAGGGCAUCAAAUGAAGCGCGUCAGACUCUAUUUUUCAAAUUAAGCGGAGAAGUUCAGAGGAAGAUCGGAUUGAAAGCACUGGACCUCGGUGGAAACGCUGUGAUAGGAUAUCUGCAAAACUUCGACUUAGAAGGCGAGUCCGGUAUCGUCGCUAGAGGCAUAGGCACGGCAGUCACACUCGUAAAGCUGCACGAUGUCCUUGGCUUCCCCUGCGAUAGCGUCAACAUCGAAGAGAUCGCGCUCGCGCUUCCUUCACGCACUAAAAUGCAAACGGAACGUUCAGAAGCCGACGACAGCGCGCUGUUCAUUCCUAGUCCCGCAUCUUACCCCUUACGCAUACCGACGCGACCCGCGCGUUUCUCUCACGCCAAGUCUUCAUCGUCACUAACGCGCUUGGAGAUUCCCAGUUACGGCGCGAUGCGAAGAAAACGUGCCAAACGAAUUCCCUUCUUCCGCUCCAACACUUUGAGCACCCUGAGCUUGAGAACCUUCGGCGGUUCUGACUUUACUCCACCGGAAUAUAUGAUCGACGAGACGGUGAGAUCUCUGCGCACCAUGCUGAUGCCGGUGGAAGACACCAAAAAACAAUCGCCCAAGUCCAAUCGGCUCUCCAGACAGAUUCAGAAUCUUCGCGACAAAAUCGACUCAGUCGGCGAAGAGAAUCAUCUCGCUACGGAGACCGACUCCGACGCCGAUCCGGUCAGAUCCUUCAUUGUGAGCGUGCGUAAUCCUACGAGGGAACCGAGGACCUUUAAAGAGCCUAGAACUGGUAAGAUAAUGGCCGCGUUACUGAUCGGAUCCAUACAGAGCAUGCCUCUGCAGAACAUCGGCAACGGUGAUCCUACUUCUCCCGUCUCUUCCAGCAACGAGCAGUCCAACGAGAAAGAGACUAAAAUGUGCUGUGAGGAAGAGGUCCCUGUUGAUCCUAAGGAGAACAUCAGUGGCGACGUCAAGACUGAAGAGCGACUUGGUCAAGACGUCUCGUCAUCAAUCGGCGAAACCGAAAUGUCCUCUUUCGACGACGACAAUUCCAGUGCGGACGACGACUCGUCGGAAGAUAACACCAGUUACAACAUUUUACGCGACUCAAGAUAUUCGCUCGAUGGGAGCGACUUCGACAGAGGGGAGCGCUCGCUGAGUUCUCGGGAGAGAACUGAAGUCGCCCGCUCCAGCGCGGAGAGCUAUACGGAUUCCACUCUGCAAGUCGACUCGGAUGCAACAUAUCGCUUGUCAUCAAACCUAAACCUAAACUUAGGCAGUGGGGAAGGCGUUGAAUUACGCAACGACGAGAUCCCCAUAAUUACCGUGGACAUGCACGGGAGCACGGAUUCGGACGCGUCCAUUGAUUCCUCCAGACUGUUGCCAAGUAACGAGAAUUCCUCGCCGUACGCUUCAACGUCGCGCGACCUCAUGGACACCGAUGGUUUCGUAUCGAAAAGCAUUCAUCCGUUAAAUAAUAAACCGCGAGACGUCGACGACGCGAGGCAGCCGCUUGAUGCUUCUGCGAGGUCGAGUCAAAGGUCAAACUUGAGGGUGGAAAAGAACGAACAGCGCGGCAGUGCUACGUCCGGCUCCGACGGUUCGUCGUACGAGAGAAUGCAUCGUGUGCACCUCACGCGACACCAACGAGAUCUGUGUCGAGCGCGUAGUUUAUCCGCUCAACGAGAAAUGCAAUCAAUGCGACGCGAAUCACCGUCGCCCAGUGAAACGGAGAGUCGCGUGAGCACUGACCAGAAGAGGAACGACUCAGUGGCCGAUUCGUCGCGAAAACCGACCGACACAAGUCUGUCGUAUGAAGAAAUUCGCGCGAGGACGAGCAUGGAGAGACAGAGGUGCAUGUUGGAUCUGAUCAAGCUGAUCGAUACGAAGAUGAUGGUGUCGGAGCGCGCGACGACGCGCUAUGAUAAAAGAACUGUCUCGUUGAGAAGCAAACGGAAGAAGCGCGAAAAGACGCGCGAAAUCCCGACGUCGCUCAAGAAAUCUCCCUCGCGUGGCGAUACAUCCACGAGAAAACAUCAUAAAAAUCACGGGAGGGACGUUUCCUUCUGCGUUCCUCGCGUCUGUUCCACCCCCAAUUGUCUUUCCUCGGAUCAGCAGCUGAUCACUUCGUUCCGAGCUACUUCCCGUUCCUGCGACUCUUCCCCCCUCAGCUUGAGUCACAGUCAUCGUCAUCGUUAUCAUCAUCCUAAUCGUCAACAUCAUCGGCAUCAUCGUCAUAAUCAUUAUCACGCGCGCGUGUCACUCAGCUCGAAACGAGCCGCCGUAGUUACUCCAUUCGUCACGAUCGACCGUCGAUCUGACGUGUUCGAAAUCUCGAGAAGAUCGCUCGAGAACCGCGGUAAAACCGACGUCGUUGCGUUAUCUGACAUUAAUGACGGUGUCCACAGUAAACCGACCACGAACACUAAUCAAUCGGCAUCCCGACCGUCGCCGAGCGUCGGCAUGCCGGCGGUCGUGAUACGCAAAUGCACUAGCGUCUGUAAUCUAAACGAAACAUUGUGUCAUAUUGAUCGCACCGAGCCCACUAACACGGCUAAAAUGACUUACAACUCGUGUGUGUCCCAUCCUUCUCCCGAUCUUAGGCAGCAAGACGAGGCAGCGUCUGUCAGUCCUUCUUACCCGCUCCCGGCUGUGCCAUCUGUGGCGGCGAAAGUCUCCCAGUCACCGGCGACCAGGACGCUCGCCAACGUGCCGCUUCACAGGAGGUCGAGCGACUCCGACUUGAGUGUCACUCCGAAAGGUAACUCUCUUGGCAACAAUGAUAGAUCGAUGGCGGCACCGUUAAGGACACCAGCUGCGGUAGUUAGGUCCAUGAACCAGGACACUUUGGAAAUGUUAGAAUACCCGUUUAUCACGAUGCAACACUAUCCACCUGGCUUCAUACUACACAUAGGUGGCCUGGUGAGCUCAAGAUCGGUAAAGUUGCUCGAGAGGAUAAGCAACUUGGAGGAACCAGAAGGUCGUGAUGCUUGGUGGACCGAAAUCAGAAUGGAAGUUCGAUCACACGCGAGAGCGUUGGCUUGCAAUGUAGUUAUAGGCUACAAAGAAGAAACCAGCAUAUGUGAUGACGUAUGCGUAUUGAGUGCUUCUGGCACCGCAGCGGUUAUAAACCUUCACAAUUCGACUCAGGAACCGGAUAGUUUGACCCUGAAUAAACUUCAGCUAGGGACAGCCGCCGCGACCGCGGCGGACACGGAUCGCGAGAAGAGUCAGCAAAAGUCAAUGGCAAUGAAGACGGAGAAGGCUGACAGCGAUACGCCUGUCGCGAAUCAUUCGGAACGACAAAACAGUAAAGCGUGCAGACACUCUUCGGAGAGCAACGAUCACGAGGGUCCUUGCGGCCAGGCUCAGUUAAGGUGUAACUUGUGUCAUCUCCCAUAUUGCGAGAAGAGCGUGCCGUUCAGAGUUAACGUAUCGAAGUGUGCCAUAUGCAAACGCGCUAGAGUACCGGACGUGAUGUUCACCACCAUAGAAGUGCCAGCGAAUAUACCAACAACCGGCAGAGGUUGCUUUAUCCAAGCGACCGUGUGCAAGAACAAGAAGGACCUGCGAGGCGAACUGAACGCCAAGGAGAUAUCCGAUAGCCUACCAUUUUUGGAAUAUGAGCUUCAUAGUUUGCUAUUGAACAAGCUCAAGAUGAAAGGCAUGAACGCGAUCUUCGGCCUCAGGCUGCAGGUCUCAGUCGGAGAACGUUUGAUAAUCGGUAUGGCGGUGGGCACCGCACUUUAUCUGACAGCGUUACCACCACCUACCAUUCCGCAAAUAGCGUCUGGCAAUUCGUGGCACAACGACGAACAAUUGGCGGAGAUUCAAAAAUCCAUUGUAGAGACGGUGAAGAAAAAUCGAGAAUUUUAUCAUCUAAAACCUACCAUCAGCGAAGCAGAAAGUACACGCAUCACGAGUACUUCCGACACGGACGAGUCGGACGAGGAUCUGCCAGAACUUGAUCUCGGAGUGGGUACACGUGAUGCUUGCGUCUUGGAAGUGGAUGACAUCGAAGAUCUGGAUCGAAUAUCGUCGUUGAUGGACGAUAGACCGCCCGACGAUUUCCAUGUGGUCAAUAUGCAGACGAUUCCCGGCCUGGAGGACUUAGAAAUUGUUCGAAAUUUGCAGAUGUUUACUCAAGUCUCGAGAACGAAAAUUCCCGCGGGACAAUUCGCGACGAUGCCGUCGAAAUUUUUUGCCCGACUACUUCAGUCCUUAUGCUUCAAAUUAAGGAGAAUGGUCCCUUGUGCAUUAUGUGAUAUGCAAUUUAGAGUAGCGUUACCCGAACAAGACGAGAUACAACUAACUGUCGUCGGUAUGGCGCUUGGAUUGGGAGAACCCUUGAAAACGGAUAGAUAUAAAAAGAAAGUCGUAUGUCGUUCCCUGAGCAAGGAUCAAGUAAGGAAAUCAGAUGACAGUGACAUGAUAUUUAGCUUGGACGAGGAUCAUAUAGAUAACAACAUUAUAUCUGAUAAUGCGGUUCGACCUUAUGUGGGAAACUCCGCGAUUUUAAAUAGUGCUUCUAUGCAGAAGCCGAGACCGCGCUCACCUUUACGUUCAAGAACAUUUUCGACUCACAGACAUAAACAUGUGCCUUUAAAAGGAAGAUACGGCGUAGACAUAACACCUUUAUCUUACCUUCCGGGUGGAAGAAUAGAGAGAUACCAAGGCAAUUUAAAUUUCUUUUUUAUCCGUGAAAGUACAUCUAUACGGGAAAAUGGUGGACUGAGCGGUUUCACUCACAGUUUCGUGAUGGAAGUUCUUGCAAUCGUACGCGCACACAUCACAGCAUUAGGCGGUAACGCUAUGGUUGCGUUCUCGAUGACGCAAUGCGUGCUUCUUCAUAGUCCACACAAAAAUCAAGGUCAGUGCCUGAUCAAUGUAGGUGGCGACGUGGUGACAGUAUCCUAUUACGCCGACGAGAAGCAUAGUGCUGUUUCAAAUUGCUGACCCCAACCCCCGCAUUCAGCGCCGCCGUAAACAACCAUCACACUUGACGAUCAAUCAUCUGAUUAAAUGUUUACCGACAUUCUCGUCAGAUCCGAAUCCACGUGUCCAUACGUCUAUAUGUGCGUACGCUGAUCUAACGAAAAUGUCAACGUUAUCACCUGCGAUAUCAGUCCAUCAACCUUAAUUGACUUCUAUUGCGUCUGCUAGCGAUGCUUUAACAGCACGUGGUAAUCGACAUUGUUAUUUAAUAAUUUAUUCUGCGAACGAGGGAUAUAAGAUAACUGAUCUCCAUUCACGAUCUCUGAAGCCUUAUGUGCAAGCUCAUUAGAUGAACUUGAAUCGAGAGAAAUAAUCGUAUUUGUAAAGAAAUUUACUUCUGAGAAACUAUAUAUAAUGUAAAUAUAAAUAAAUUUUUUAGGAAAGAUCUGAAGGAUUUUAGGUUAGGAUCUAGAUCUUGAAAUUUAGAUCAGAUUUUUACUAUCGAAUAAUUAUAAGUUCUUCAUCUUCAACUAUUUCUUCUCAGAAACAAAUAUAUGCUUUAUUCUUAUUUAAGCAAACGAACACGAUAGAACAUGGUAGAGAUGCUUCGCAUUCUUCGAAGUAUUAUUAUCGAAGUAUUGUUUACAUUAACACGUUUACUGCCAUAAAUCGCCAUAUAGUGUCACGCUGAAUCUCAAGUAACUGAUUACAUCUAAAUACGCUCAUCAGGUUGUGAGGCUAUGUAUAUAGUUCCAUCACAUCAUUGAAAUUCUGUUCCAUUCUUUCUUAAUGAAUCCAGUCGGCUGAUUUCAAGUGUGCGCGACUGUCAGCGAGGAUAAUUAAUGAAUGUUUAAUUACCGGAAUAACUAAAAUGAGUUAGGGAAGAGGAAGAAUGUAUAGUACCAUACUUUUUUUAACUUCAAAUAUAAAGAAGCCAAAAAUGAUUUUUCCUCCUUUAAACGGUAUUGUUAAAUUAAUCUCGUUUAGAGAGUGAUAGAAUUGUGCUAAAGGCAACUACGUUUGCAGAAUAUUAAACGAAGUAAUUAGGUUACUAGAAAAAAUUAAAAUACGUUUCUGGUCACUAGGUGCCUUUAAGAUCAUGCAAAAAGUUCCAUUACAAUAUUCUGCAUUACACAGAAUAUGUAACUGAUAGACUUAGCGUGUAUCAGAAGCAUGGUUCUUAAUUCUGAAAUUUUGAUAAUUCUCUCGAAGAAGAGCAGAGUUAUACAUCAUGCUACACUUGGUCACAACGCUCUACCAUGAAUUUGUAAAUAUAAUAAUAAUAGCCUUAUUUUGUGUUAUAUAUUAUUUUGCACCUAUUAUAUAUGUAAUAGGUAAAAUAUAAAUAUGUUUUUAUAGUAACUAACGAAGCAAGUGACAUAAAGUCCCACACAAUAUAAAUAUCUAAAAGAUAUCUUAGAAACGUUUAAAAGAUAUCUUACUACUUGUUUUAGAUGUUUUUACGUCUCUAAGAUGUAUUUUAAACUUUUGUAUUGUUUGGCGUAUGACAAAACGUUAUUAUACGAAAAAUAUUUUGUUUGUGUAUGUAAUAUAAACAAUAUUGUUUCAAAUUUUAUCAGCGAAUUUGUGUCUCGAUUAAGUAAAAUAUAAUUGUCACUCGAGUGCCACACGCGACAAAAUAUGUCGUAUUAUAAUAAGAUAUUGUUAUUAUAUGUAAUAUCUAGAUAAAACUUUUUACAUGCAGUAGUGUUUUACGGUUUGUAUAUUUUAUAUCUGUUUUCCAAGUGAAAACAAUACGAAAUUUGUUCAACGUGAGAGUCAAACGAAACGUCCACUUAAGUGACGAAACUCUAGUCGAUGUUACUAUCUGUUUUUUUGUUUUUUAAAGAGAAUUAAUUUUAAACAUAUUAUUUAAGUUGUUUAAAUUAUUCUAUCAAAGUUAAUUUAAAAGGCGUAUAUUUGUUUACAGAGAAUAACGAUAAAGCUUGAAAUUUCACUACUUAAUUACGGGAGCGUAUAAAAGUUUUAAAGAUAUCGACUAUUAACGACUAAAAGUCGUUAUAUCGUCUUAAUAAUCAAUACAUAACCAUAAAAUGAUACGCAACCUUUAUUUUUAAUCUAUACAUUUGUUUAUUAUCUUCUCACAUUAGUUUCACGGUUAUUUAUUGAUUGUUAAACUAACAAGAAAACAAGAAAAUGUUCAGAAUAUUUUGGAAUAGUGUCUUUAAUUAAUUACAAACACCAAUUUUUUAAUAGAUCUUUUUAUUUCGCUCUUUUUUUAGCAGGAAUUUUAAGUAUGCAUUUUUUCGUUUUUUUCAUUUUGUCAUAAAUCAAAAUAGUCGUGACGAGGGGCCAGAAAUCAUAAUGCUUUUUGUUGUGGCAAAAUUUGAUAAUAUUAGAGAUGUAUUUCGUAGUACUCUUAUCCAAUAUUACAAACGAAGCUCAAUGAAUAUCCGAUUAUUGAUGUAGCAAUUAAAUCAUUGUGCAAUAACAACUAAAGAAAAUAGCAAAGAAAGCGAACGCAUACAAGAAUUGAAAAACAUGUAUCGAAGUGACAUAUUAAGAAAAUCCAAAGUACAAAAUAGAAAAUAAACUGAUAUUACCGAGAAUUAAUUACGCGCGCGUGCGUAAACUAAUAAAUUACUUCGGAUAACCGAGGAGGAACGUUUCUUCUUACCUAGAUAAUACGUUUCUUUUUAAUGAGAUACUAUGAUUUUUCUUCCACCUCAGGUAGAGCGAACUUUUGUAACGCUAACAAAAAGAAAGAGAAACUCGCACUGCUGUAAAGCUUAAUGUAUAUAAACUGAAUAAUCUUAAUAAAACAAGGGCGAAGUAAUGUGGAGGACCUGUAUAUAAUCAGA